AUGAGAGACACUGAUUUGAAAAGAGAGUCUGAUUUGAAGAGAAGGUUCUUUGAAACCAGUUUGGUGGGAUUCCUUAAAGGUACAGUGGCAGGAAUCAUCACUGGGACUUUCCUCAAUUUCCGUUAUACUCAUCUUAACAAUUUACGUUUCUUUCCUCAUAAAUUUAGUUACAUAUUGAUUUGGGGUUGCUCGGGUAUAUUCUAUAAUCUAGAAAUCGAAAGGAAGAACAUAAGAAAUGAAUUGAUAGUAGAGGAAGAAAUAAAGAGGAACCUAUAUUUACGGGGAGAAAGGUAG